UGCAAGGCUCACUACCAAUGCUUCACAAAAUACUGUCACUGAAGGAGACACUGUUACAUUUAAGUGCAUAGUUAUGGCUGCUGUGCCUCAAGUGUCAAUUUACAAGUUCUAUUUCAAUGGCCGCCUCCUAAGUAAUAACAACAACAGUGAGUAUACUCUCAAUGACGUCAAUCGAUCUCAGCACUAUGGCAAGUACAAAUGUGUCCCACAUAAUGAUGUUGGAGACGGAGUAGAAGCCACUGUGAGGCUUUACAUAAAUGUUCCUGUCCAGUUUACAGAAGUGCCACAGAAUAUAACAGUUAAUGCGUCAACUCCUAUGUUUUUGAGUUGUGAUGCCUCGGGUUUUCCUGAACCUAAGAUAAGAUGGGAAAAAUCUGAGAUUAAACUGUCUGACACCAAACAGUUGAACAUCUCCAGUAGUAACAGGAAUGAUGCGGGAGAAUAUGUUUGCAUCGCAAGCAAUGGAGGGAGACAAGAAAAGACAGUAAGAGUUUAUGUCACUGUGCAAUACCCGCCCACAAUUCAAAAUGUCACUACGUCAUCUAAGAAGUCUUGGAUUGGCCAGACAGUGACCUUGAAAUGUCUUUCUGAUGGUGUUCCUACACCAACACUCUAUUGGUACAAACCUGAAGGAAGUGAAAUAAACAGAGUCACAGCCAGAGAAAACAAAGUACAAGUGCUAUUCAGGGAUGAUCAAGAUUUUGGUCAUUACAAGUGCAUUGCUGCUAAUGGACUUAUUCCAUCUGAUGAGAAAUUAAUAAAGAUAAAUCAGAUAAAGAAACCAGGGAAAGCAUCCAUCAAAUCAUCAGAAUCAGUAAUUCAAGCAACUUUUAUAACAAUAAGAUGGACUGCACCAGCUGAUGAUGGAGGAAGUCCGAUUACAGGAUACCGAAUGAUCUUACAAAAGGGUGAAACUGAGAUAGAAAAGGAUGAUAUCACCGAUCCUGGGACGACAAGUUACUCGUUUCGUGGUUUGGAGAAAAAUACCAACUACACGGUGAAACUGUUUUCCAGAAAUUUUGUAUUCGAGGGAGACCCUAUUGUAAGGACAAUUAAGACCAAGUUUGAAGGAGUCCCAGAUGUGGUCGAAAUAGACGAACUACCAGGUGAAACAACAGACGAUACAAUUACCCUAAAGUGGAAGGAGCCAGAAAGUAAUGGAAAAGUUAUUACCAUGUAUACAGUGUAUCAAAGAGUAGUGAUUGAUGGGAAAGUGGGACAGUGGACAGAAAUAAAGAAAAUCAGAGAUGUUUCUGUGAGAGAAUUGAAAAUAGUGUUGGAGAGAGGAAAGGUGUAUCAGUUUGCCAUUACUGCAACUAAUGAGCUUGGUGAAAGCCUGAAACAAGAGAAAGCAAAUAUUCAGCAAGUCAAGGCAGAAGGAAACGGCUUGGAAAGUACGACAAAAGGUCCUGAGGAAUGUAACUUCCCAUCUAACAACGUCUUGUUAGCCAUAAUUGGGGUUCUUGCCUUCACAAUCCUUCUUCUAAUUGUUUACAUAAUCUGGCUACACAGGAAAGUCGCUGUAGGGAAACAGAGGACUUAUGAAGAUGAAAGAGGUGUUUACGACAAUGAAACAGGAUUAGAAGAUAUCGAACCAAGUCUACCCGAUUCAAGAAAAUUCACUCAGCCUCCUGCGGAAUACAUGGAUCUCAUAGAAGUGAAUAAAGAUAAUAUAAAAGCACAAAGAACAGCUCCAGGUGCUGAUUAUGUGCCUCUUCAUCCGUUAACACGCUGCUGGGAAGUUCCAAGACAUCACGUGACCAUAGAAAAAAUCAUUGGUAAAGGUGCUUUUGGUCAGGUUGCCAAGGGAACAGCGGUAGGACUUCGAGGGAGUCCUGAAACGACCACAGUGGCUAUUAAAAUGCUGAAAACAAACGCUGUUGAAUCGGACAAGAGAGAUUUGAUGAAAGAACUUGACACAAUGAAGCAGCUGAAACCACAUCCUUACGUCAUUAAACUUCUGGGAUGUGUUACAAAAUCUGAACAGCUUUUGGUUUUGAUUGAAUAUGUGCCUUUUGGGGAUCUGCUGGGUUACCUGAGGAAGAGCCGUGGAUUAAAAGACACUUACUACAAAGACCCGGAUAUCAAACCACAAACAAAUCUGACGUCACAGCAGCUGAUGAAGUUUGCUUGGCAAAUUGCAGAUGGAAUGAGUUACUUGUCCUCAAAAUCUAUCAUUCACCGAGACCUUGCGGCCCGUAAUGUGUUGGUUGGACAAAAGGAAACUUGUAAAGUGACCGACUUCGGAAUGGCCAGAGAUGUGCAGCAGGAAAAUAUUUAUGAACGAAAGACUAAGAUGGAGUUAUGGAGUCUUGCUGUACGAGAUUUUCACCAUAGGCGGUUCACCAUACCCACGAAUGGAUGGAAGAAAAAUUGCAAACUUACUUCAGGAUGGAUACAGGAUGCCUAAACCACAACACGUCGAUGAAAAAUUGUAUCAGAUCAUGAUGAAAUGCUGGAAGAAUGACCCAGAUGCAAGACCAACUUUCACUGAAUUGAAAAAUCAGCUUAAGGACAUGGAAACCCUACACAAGAAGCUGAUCAACAUGACAAUGUACGACAAGCAGUUG